GUUUCCACUCCCUCGAGAGCUUAGAGCCACGCGCAACCGCCGUGUCGCCGACGGCCUACCUCCUCCGGCCGCCACCCUCUCCCGUUCAGCCUCUCCGUACCUGUCGCCGCUCAGUCUCGGCGCCGCCACUGCUGUUGCGCGCCAUAUCGCCACUCCUGUUGCGCGCCAUAUCGCCACUCCGCCAGAUAGAGAACAAAUCUACAAUGGCUGCCGAAAACCUGGUUUCUGCCUCUCUUGAAAUUUCUGAACCAAUGCCUAAGAUCCCUAAGCUUGACCAUCACCAAAAAGGCACUGUUUCUGAAGCUCCUUAUUUCCGGGUCAAGAAGCUCUCAGAGAAGGCUGUCUUGCCCUCCCGGGGCUCACCCCUCUCUGCAGGCUACGAUCUCUCCAGUGCUGCGGAUGCGAAGGUUCCUGCUAGAGGAAAGGCCUUGGUUCCCACUGAUCUCAGCAUUGCUGUUUCUCCCGGAACAUAUGCUCGCAUUGCUCCGCGGUCUGGGUUGGCGUGGAAGCACUCAAUAGAUGUGGGAGCGGGCGUGAUCGAUGCGGACUACAGAGGACCUGUUGGGGUGAUAUUGUUUAACCAUUCUGAAGUUGAUUUCGAGGUCAAGGUAGGGGACAGGAUUGCGCAGCUGAUCAUUGAGAAGAUUGCAGUGCCGGAGGUGGAGGAGGUGGAUGAUCUUGAUUCCACUGUUAGAGGUUCCGGCGGCUUUGGCUCCACCGGAGUUUGAUUGAUUAGAGUAGUAAUUAGACUCUUGGUUUGUUGAAGCAAUGGGACAUGAUGGUUUCAUUCUAGGAUGGGACGAUCUUCUUUUGGUUUCUAUAAUUUGAGAUUGUCUCUACCUUAAACGCAGUAAUGUUGGAUUAGUUUGAUGCUUGAAUCGUUUAAGAUGAAUUUUCAUCUUUUGUAAUGUUACAUUACCUCAAAAAGAUCACCUCUAAGCAAAGCAAAACAACUAAUUGAUCAAAGUAAAUAUUUAGGGCUAAGAAAUCUUUUUGGGUUGC